ACGUAGCUUACACCUGAAGAAAAACACACAAACAAGAAGAAAAUAAAGAAGAGAAACACAAUCUAGAUAGAGUGAUGGAUGUGACAGUAGUUCUGACACUGGUAGAGAUUCUACUGCAAUUGCUGAAAUCUCCCAUUGCAGAAGAAAUUCAAUCUGUUUGUUGUUACAAAUCCCAGCUGCAUAAACUUAAGUCCACCAUGUCCACCAUCCGAGCUCUACUCCUCGACGCUGAGCAGCAGGUGAGACAGCAACUUCAGCUCAGUCACACCCUACAAGACAAGCUUGAGAGGCUGAAGGAGGCUGUCUAUCAAGGCGAUGACUUAUUCGAUGAGAUCGCUACUCUUGCUCAGCGCAAGAAGCUCAUGCCUGGUAACAAUGCAAAGAAAGAGGUACAACUUUUCUUCUCUCGCUUUAAUCAGCUUCUUUCUGCUUUCAAAAUGUGUCGCGAAAGCAGAAAGAUCAGAGAGAUAUUAGAUGAUAUUGCUAGAGAUCAUCAUGACUUUGGUGCAAUGCAUCAUGUUGCUCUUGAGGCAAACCUGGUGAGAAUGAGAAAUAACCCGAGAGAAACUCAUUCUUAUAUAUGCGAAGAAGAUGUGAUUAUUGGGAGGGAAAGAGAUAAGAGGAUAGUUAAAGAUAUCAUACUAGACACUAGUUUAGAGGAGGAUGUUUCUUUUAUAAGCAUAGUUGGGAUUGGAGGGCUCGGAAAGACAACUCUUGCUCAACUUGUUUAUAAUGAUGAGAGCAUUAUGAGAGAAUUUCCAUUGAAGAUUUGGGUUUAUGUCUCUCAUGAUUUCAAUGUCAAAGCGCUUCUUGGUGAAAUCCUUGCAGUUGUAACCAAUAAGCAGUCUGAUCUAGGUGGCCUGACAAUGGACGCGCUCCAGAGGAAUCUUAGGCAAGAACUUGAUGGUAAGAAGUACCUGCUUGUUUUGGAUGACAUUUGGAAUGAGGAUUGGGAAGAGUGGCGUAAAAUGAGAAAUUUGUUGAUUCGAGGUGGGAGGGGUAGCAGAGUUAUAGUGACUACUCGGUCUAGGGAGGUGGCGAAAAUUGUAGGAAGCCACUUGAUAUAUGAACUAGAGGCCCUUUCAGAUGAAGACUCUUGGAAUUUGUUUGAGAGAAUGACACUUGAAUCAGGGCAACAUCAGAUAGAGAGGGAAUAUGUUGAUGUUGCAAAAGAAAUUGUUCGAAAGUGUGCCAAUAAUCCACUUGCAUUAAGGGUCAUUGGAAGUCUUUUUCGAGGACAGGGUGAGAGUAGAUGGCGAUAUGUGAAAAACACAGACUUAUUGGCAAACUCAAUACCAGAUAAGAUCAAUGGAAUAAUACCUGUGUUGAAGAUUAGUUACAUAUAUCUGCCAUUUUAUUUGAAGAGAUGCUUCAGUUACUGCGCUAUAUUCCCCAAGAACCACAAGAUUAUCAAGGAUGAUCUAAUUGGUUUUUGGAUGGCACAAGGUUUCAUUAUGCCAUUAGAUGGCGAGAGUUUUGAAGAUGCUGGUGAAGAGUACUUUAUGAAUUUGCUGCAAAGGUGCUUCUUCCAAAACGUGGAACGAGCUGAUAGUGGCGAAAUUAUAUCAUGUAAAAUGCAUGAUUUGAUUCAUGAUGUAGCUAAAGAAGUCGCAUCAAACGAGAUCUAUAACGCAAGUUAUUUCACUAAGAAAACUCGCCAUGCGUUCCUUGAUAAUGCUGAUCAAUCCAAAACUAUGUGCCGCAAUUUCACCAAAAUGAAAAGAUUGCGCACUUAUUUAUGGACGUCCUCCUGUCCAACGUCGUCUUCUUUUGAUUGGCUUUUGAAAAUGAGAUAUUUAAGAGUUUUGAAACUGUAUUGUUCUGUAAAGUUGUCAAGUGUGAUAGGUGAGUUGAUGCAUCUAAGAUAUCUUGAUCUAUCUAACAAUAAUCUACUUUCUACUCUUCCCUUGUCUAUAACUCAGCUUUACAAUUUGCAAACAUUAAAGUUGCGGUAUUGUAGGAGUCUAAAACAAUUACCAAAAGACUUUAGCAAAUUAGUGAAUUUGAGGCAUCUAGAUAUAUUUAAUUGUUGGAGUUUGACACAUAUGCCUCUAGGAUUGAGUAGUAUGACUUGUUUGCAUAAGCUAACAAGGUUUGUAGUAGGUGAAGCUAAUUAUGCAGGUUGUUGGAUUGGAGACUUGAAACAUCUCAAUAAUCUCAGAGGCGCCAUGGAAAUCAAGGUGAAUAGAGGUUGUUCAUGUAAUGUAAUAGAUCAAGUUAGUGAUGGAGGGUAUAUGAUAAACAAGCCAAAUCUGAGGGAGCUCAAUAUAUACUGGGAUCCUUAUGAUGAAGAGGAUUACGCGAGUGAUGAUGAAAGUGGGGGAGAUAAUGCAAAAGCAUUGCUGCAAGCCUUGCAACCCCACCCUAAUCUCAAGAUGUUGCGCUUGUUUUACUAUCCUGAAGUAAGGUUCCCUAGUUGGUGGGGAUCAUCAAUGAAGCUCGAAAUGUGUCUCCCCAAUCUUGUUGAGAUACAACUUGGUAAGUGUAGACGGUUGAAGCAUCUUCCAUUGAUGAGCCAAUUGCGUAAUUUGAAAUUCCUUCGAAUUGAUUGUGUGAGGGAAUUGAAGUACAUGGAGAGUACUAGUCACAACAGCAGCAGCAGCAACAGAAACAACAGUAGCAGCAGCAUCAGCAGGAGCAAUAGUAGUAAUAGUAGAGAUGGGGAUGAGCUUGUGUUCUUUCCAUCCCUCGAAUUACUUGAGCUUGAAGACUUACCAAAGUUGAAAGGGUGGUGGGAAUUACCCCUAUCACAUUCAUAUUCAUUCCCUCGACUUUCGACUAUGCGAAUAGAAAAAUGUCCUCACAUGACAACUUUUCCUCUGUGUCCCAAACUAGAGGAAUUGGUGCUGUGGAAUGUCAAUGGAGCACUCGGCCCUAUUAUGACGAGGUCGAGUACUGAUGUACUGGCUUCCUCCUCCAGUUGGGGAACACUAAGGACGGUGAAGAUAAACAAUGUGAGAAGUCUUGAUUCUCUGCCUAUGGAGUCUAUGCAGCGCCUUUCGUAUUUGGAGAUAAAGGAUGACCAUAAUUUUGAGAGAUUGACAACAGGGAAUGUGCUCCAAAACAGUCAUAUGUGCGCUCUUCAAUCCCCUGUAGUUUCAUUACAACGCGCAAUGUGGGAGCAUUUCACUGCGCUGAAGACUCUAAAAUUGAGCAACCUUUCAAAUUUGGAGUUAAAUGAUGAUGACACUUAUGCUGAUAUGCCUUGGAGAUGCCUUGCUCACAAUCUUUUUUCCUUGGAAUUAAGAUACUUACCAAAGCUGGUGAAGCUUCCAAGAGGAAUGCACCACUUGAAUGCCCUCCAUUCCCUUCAAAUUUCACACUGUGAUCAUUUUCAGGAGUUGCCAACUUGGAUAAAUUGCUUAUCAUCACUCUAUUCCCUUCAAGUUUUGAAUUGCUCGGGAUUCGAAGUACUACCGGAAGAGAUCCGUCACCUCACCUCUUUAAGGGAACUGAACUUACGACAUUGUUCGUCGGAGUUGAAGGAUAGAUGUCAGAAACCAGCUGGUGUAGACUGGCCUAAAAUCCAACAUAUCCCCCUCAUUGACAUCUAA